AAGAAAGCAGCACGUUCCUUUGGCCAGAAUACCAUUUCCUUUAAACCUUGCUCUGCCUCAAGAGUUUCCAGUGGCCACAACCAAAACCAGGGAGUACAGCUACUCAGUACAGUAGCUUUGGACCUGUUGUUGCAAUGCUGCUCUUCAUGCUCCAUUUCACGUGCUUGUGGUAGCUCUGGGAAAAGGCUCUGUAAGAGCAAUGCUCAGCUGAUCACCCUGUUUGUAAUAGUUAUGCACGAGUGCGAGCUGUGGUGAUGACCCGGGAUGACUCAAGUGGUGGAUGGUUACCACUUGGAGGGGGUGGACUAAGCUGUGUCACAGUCUUCAAAGUCAUUCCCCAGGAAGAGAAUAGCUGUGCUGAUUUUCUUAUCCAUGGAGAACGACUCAGGGAUAAAACGGUGGUCUUGGAAUGCACAUUAAAGAAAGACCUCGUUUACAACAAAGUUACUCCUACUUUUUACCACUGGAAGAUUGAUGACAAAAAGUUUGGCCUCACAUUUCAGAGUCCUGCUGAUGCAAGAGCAUUUGAUAGAGGUAUUCGGAGAGCAGUGGAGGAUAUUUCCCAAGGUUAUCCACCCUCCCAAAAUGAUGUUGAAGUGGCAGAAGACUGCUUUCAAACUGCUCAAGAAAACACAUCAGGUUCACUAAUGAAAGAUCACCUUUUUCAACAUGAAACUGUAGUAACCAGUGAAACUUACAACAGUGCAAAUUUAAGGCCUUCAACAUUUGAGGAUUUCAACACCAGGAGAGUCUGUUUCCCUAGCCAACCGAACCAGGUCCCACUGAAGUCAAUCAGACACGUUAGUUUUCAGGACGAAGAUGAAAUUGUCAGAAUAAACCCUCGUGACAUUUUGAUACGUCGUUAUGCAGACUACAGGCAUCCUGACAUGUGGAAGAAUGACCUGGAGAGGGAUGAUGCAGACUCAAAUAUACCAUUUUCUAAAUCAGACAGUAAAAAAUCUGACUAUUUAUACCCAUGUGGGGAUGGAACUAAGUUGAAUUCCCUAAAAGACUCAAAGAGUUCUGUGGUAUUUAAAACUCAGCCUUCCUCAUCAAAAUUUAAAAACUCAAAAAGAAGGAAAGAGGAUGGUGAGCGUUCCCGCUGUAUAUACUGCCAGGAAAGGUUUAAUCAUGAAGAUAAUGGCAGAGGAAAAUGUCAAGAUGCGCCCGAUCCUAUUAAAAGAUGUAUCUACCAAGUUAGUUGCAUGCUUUGCGCAGAGAGCAUGCUGUAUCACUGCAUGUCAGACUCUGAAGGCGAUUUCUCUGAUCCUUGCUCGUGUGACACUAGUGAUGACAAGUUCUGCUUACGCUGGUUAGCACUGGUGGCACUCUCGUUCAUAGCUCCGUGUAUGUGCUGCUACCUCCCCUUGAGAGCAUGCCAUCACUGUGGUGAGGUGUGUGGGUGCUGUGGAGGAAAGCAUAAAGCUGCGGGAUGAAUCAGUCUUGUGCCAAACAGAGCUGAAAAAUCUUUGUUUCCAGGAAGCAUCUAACUUGGAUUUGUGGAAGCUUUUUGGCAAGCUGAAGGGAAUCUUCUUUCACGUAAGAGAUGCUUGAUGUGGAGGAAGCCACAAGACUUGUCAGACCUUGGCAUUUUACAAGUGCUAGCCACGCCUAACUACUAUUUCCUUUGAGUGCGUGGCAUUUGUUGCGAGUUGUGAAGGAGAUUUUGCAAAGGAAAGCCUGUUCUUAUUAUUGGCUAUAAAAUGAGUAUAUAAACUAUGAUUAUACUAAAAGGGAUUAACUUUUGCCACUUUGUACAUUCAUGGUUUAGGUGAGGGGGCUCUUUUAAAAGGAUUAAAACUUAUCUGAGGGGAAAUUUUAACUAAAAGUGCACUAGUGACAGUUGAUUUAAGAUUAAGAAAAGUUAAUACUCAGCAAAUGAGAAAUGAAACUGAUUUUAAGUGCAACUAAAUCACUUAUUAAUAGUUUUUUGGAAGCAACUUUAUGUAUAAAUAACAAAUGUUUAUAUUUAACUAAAUGUGUAAGGUACGAAUUAUUACAUGUUAAACUUUCCUUCCCUCUGAUAUAGUAGGUAUGGACCAUAUCUACUGUCACAUUCCAUGGUAGUAUUUUAAAUAGUUAAUUUAGUUGCAUUUUUAUUCCAGAUGGACAAAUUGAUAUUUUCAGUCCUGGUUCCCUUCAGCUACAGUUUGUGUUGAGUUGUAUCCAUGCAUUCUGAUAAUCUAAAAACCUUUAAAAUAUUAAUUAUUCUAGUCUUGAGUGACCAAUAUUUUUUUGUUAAGCACAGAUGUAAUUGUCUAAAAUGUUCUUGUUAGAACAUAACAUUUAUUUUUAUAUAUAAAUUACUUUGAUUUCAACAUAAUAGCAAAAAGGAUGUUGUUUCUGUUGUUCAACCAGCAAGUUGUUUUCUUUUGGGGUGUCCUCCAAAAAUACUUUCUUGCAUAUUCAAAUGUUCAUUAAGCAAAAGGUACAUUAAGGCAGUUGUAACAAAUUGUCAUCAGUGUUCUUGUUUAUCCUUCUGUUAAACUAGGAUCCUGUUCAGCUGUUUAUCAAGUACUAUGAUUAAAACAAAAGAUUAAUAACAAAAGUGAAAUUGUUUUCAUUAUUUUGAACCACAACUUUUUCUAAUUCGAACGGGCAAGAACAAAAGUACUGUGUAUUUUGUUCAAAAAGAACAACAAAAGACUUAGCUUGAGAAAUAAAUUACAGCCCAGGCAAAACUGAGUGAACUUCUUAAUUGGGGAAAUUUGAAGGCGGGGCUGGGGAGGGAGGCUGGAGAGUGUGUGUGUGUGUGCAUGUGUAUGAAGUAUACUGUGUAUGGUAAUUCUUAUGAUUUUGUACUUGGUAAGCCUAACUUUCAGGUAAGAAUUAAUCAAUUAACCCACAGAGAAUUUUUAAAAGCAUUACAUGUUGUGCUGUGUUAUGAAGAAAAAAUCAUAUACUACUUGUUAAAAACAUGUAAAACACUAAAUCCAGUUAUAAUUCAUUAGCAAAGGUGCCUGUUUGACAUCUUGGCUGGAGUGGGACAGAUUGUCUUUAGUAUACCCUUGUUAUUAAACACAGAACCAAAUAGUUUUAUUUAAAAAAUGCAUUACUUACUUUUCUCACUUACAUGCAUUUCUUCAGUAUAUUUUGUGUAAUUAUUUUUCUGCAUGUAUCAAGCCCCUGAAUUUUCCCAUGUAGCCCAGAAGUGAGCAAAUGUAUAUAACUGUCUGUAAAAUACUUUUUAAAAGAAAACAUUUAUAUUUAUAUUACAGCUUGAAUUGACCGCCUUGUGUACAUAGAUCAUCUCAAAUUAUUAUUUCACAUUGAAAAAGACAACAGAUAUCUUGAUAACUACAGAAGUUAUGGAAGAGCUUCUAGUUUUGUAUUAAGAGUUGAUUGGAUGGCUGAAGUCCAAGAAUAUGACCUGGUAGCAGCAGUCUUGGUUUUUACUGUUUAAUGUUUUUGAGUGCUGCUACUCUGGUUGGUUUUCAUGCUUCACACAUUUUCAGCUAAACUUGGUUGCCUAGAAUAGACUGUUAACUUUAAAAACAACUUUCAUUAAAAAAUGGUGAUGUUUUUCUAGUGAAUGAGAAGAAUUUAAUAUUUGUAAGUGCUAGGUUCCUAAUUCAAGGUGGAGAGGUAUGAACAACCUAAGAAAAGAACUUGCUGGCUGUAUAAGAAAAUGUGUAUAUAUACUUCAGAAAGCAAUUAGUUUUAGCAGUUUCCUCUGAGCACUAUACAACAUAGUGGAACUCCUGGUCCUGUACUGUAUUUUAUAUGACACAUAUCCUUUAAUAUUUUUAUUAAAUGUGUGCAUUAAUAUUUUCACCUUGCAUUUAACCACUUUGCUGCUAAAAUGUUUUCACCUUUUGCUCUUCUCUUUGAAGACUUGUAUCAUCUAAAAACGGUUACUGAUGGGCCCGUGCUUGCUUGUUCCUGUUGUGCUGCAAGUGUCAGCCAGCUUGCCUGCUUUGAGAGACCAAAGGAGUGAGUGCGAGGAUCCGAGGUUGCGUAAGGAUUGGUUUUAGCAGCAUGCACGUGUACUUUUCCUCUGGUGCUAGGGAUCUUACCCACUGUUACAUUUAGGAAAUGAGCAGUGGAAGG